AUGUCGUUUGUGAAAAACAUUUACACUGCCCUCUCCUCCUGGUGCAACCGCAAGCGUCGAGUGGAAAGGUUUCCAUCGAACCAAGAAGCUCCCGAGGUGCUUCAAAUGGUAGUGAGAGUGGCGAAUCUGGUUGGAGUUGCCGGACCGCCGGAACGCCGGUAUCGGUUUGUGGUAGUCUUUGCGUUCUUUGUGGUCAUGAUAGUGGUGCCGAAGGUUGCAUUCGGGUACCCGGAUGUCGCAUCGCUGAUCACCGGUACGGCGGAACUAGUAUUCCAGAUCAACAACUGCGGUGGAAUGCUGAUUUUAUAUGUUCUGAACAAUGAUUUUGUGGAGGUACGCGAUCGCUUUCAGCAGUUUGUUGCUACCGUUUUUGAUGAUGGAAGUGAACCGCUUCGCGAGGCAGUGCGAGCGAAACACCAUCUAAUUCAACGAUUCACCAAGGCGUUCCUUUCAACGCUGUUUUGUACAACAAACAUCUAUUGCUACAGCCCAUUCAUGUUUUCCCUCUUGUCCUACUGGGAUACUUUGCGUAAUGAGAACAGCACCAUGCAGUACUUUCAGCACAUGGAGGAGAACUUCUAUGGCCUCGACACCAGGACAUCCUUUUUGCCUUCGUUGUUUUGUGGGUUGCUCAUGCUCCCGAUGAUCUACAUGUGUGGACUAACUGGAGGGGUGAAGAUGGCUAUGAUCGUCAACAUGAUCGGUUACUGCGUGAUGUGUUUCGAUCUUAUAUCACUGAAGCUGCAGGAGGUUUCACGGAGAGGUACCCACGAGCAGGAGAUUAAAAAGAUCGUGAAGAUGCACCAAGAUGCCCUAGACUGCGCUAAACUGGUGGAGAAGCAGGUUUCGUUGGUGCUCCUUCUUCAAGUGGUGUUAUGCGUUUUGAUCUGGAGCUUUAUUCUACUUUUCUUCACAAUCACGGGAGUCCGUAACUCACAAUCGAUAAACCUGAUUGUUCUGUUUAUGUUUGAUACGGCUGAAACGGUUGCAUAUUGUUACAGCGGCGAUGUACUGUCAACUGCGGGCUUACAAGUCGCCAAGGCAGUGUACGAUGUGAACUGGGAAAGCCAGACGGCUGCUGUACAAGCGGAUCUCCAGUUAAUUCUGCUACGCGCCCAGCAACCCGUUGGUGUCACCGCGGGAAAAUUUAGCUUCAUGAGCAUCGCACUUUUCGGGAACGUAAGUUAA